CGUGAGGAUGGAUGAUCAACAUCCGGCAUCGCGUCGGGGUAAGACCGGAUUUUCCCCGCAUAAUCGGCUUGAUCUCCGAUCCCGGAUGGAGUCAUAAAUACAGACCCAUCGUGACUUUCAACUGACAUUUUUGUCGCUUGAGCAACUGAUAUUACUGUCCACACUCCCUACAAGAAACAUGACAGACUUGACAAAAACCUACAAAAUUCUGGUUCUCCCAGGCGACGGGAUUGGCCCCGAGGUCAUGACCGAAGCCACGAAAGUCCUCUCCACAUUCAACAGCCCCACCCUCGCAUUCGACCUCCGGGAAGAGCUAAUCGGCGGCGCCAGCAUCGACACCCACGGGCAGUCCGUCACCCAGGCCGUGAAAGACGCUUCCGUCUCCUCUGACGCCGUGCUGUUCGCCGCCGUCGGUGGGCCUAAAUGGGACCAUAUCCGGCGCGGGUUGGACGGGCCCGAGGGCGGCUUGCUGCAGGUGCGCAAGGCCAUGGAUAUCUACGCCAAUCUGCGCCCUUGCUCAGUGGACUCACCGAGUCGGUCGAUCGCGCGGGAGUAUAGCCCAUUCCGGCAGGAUGUCAUCGAAGGGGUGGACUUUGUGGUCGUGCGGGAAAAUUGUGGUGGGGCUUAUUUUGGGAGGAAGGUCGAGCAGGAGGACUAUGCCAUGGACGAAUGGGGAUACUCAACCGCCGAGAUCCAACGCGUCACUCGCCUCUCUGCAGAGCUGGCCUUGCGACACGAUCCCCCUUGGCCGGUUAUUUCGCUCGAUAAGGCCAAUGUGCUGGCAUCUUCGCGACUCUGGCGACGGGUCGUCGAGGAGACGAUAAAGAAAGAGUACCCCCAGGUAAAACUACUGCAUCAGCUUGCAGACUCUGCGUCUUUGAUCCUGGCGACCAACCCGCGGGCGUUGAACGGCGUCAUCCUGGCGGACAACACCUUCGGCGACAUGAUCUCCGACCAGGCGGGGUCCCUUGUCGGGACCUUGGGCGUGCUCCCCAGCGCCAGCCUAGACGGUCUGCCGCAGCCGGGCGAGGAGGGCAAAGUGCGGGGCUUGUAUGAGCCGACCCACGGGUCUGCGCCCACGUACGUCUCCCUACCCGUGUCAUUAUCGGGGUCAAGGAAGCUAACAUGGCAGCAGGAUUGCCAACCGGAAUAUCGCGAAUCCCACCGCUAUGAUCCUUUGCGUGGCGCUUAUGUUCCGCUACUCGUUUAACAUGGAGAAAGAAGCUCGCCAGAUCGAGGAGGCUGUGCGCGCUGUUCUGGAUGCCGGAAUCCGCACCUCUGAUCUAGGAGGCAACUCGGGGACCAAAGAGUUUGGCGAUGCGGUUGUUGCAGCACUGCGGGAUGAGGUGCCUGGAAAGGCUGCCUCUUUUUCCAAAUAAUAAGUAGAUAGUGCGCCUCACCUGUUCAAACCUGAUCAAUCGUGAUCUCAAAUUGUCACAGUUGACUAUUGUCUGUACAAGUCACAUGAGUGGCUGGUGCCUGACGGUGCCUGAAUGAUGCAUGCAGCAUCGGAAGCGUAAACCUGGAUUACUAAACAAUGUAUCGCAACGUGGAGUCCUCGGUAGGCAUCAUAGAAAGAUAUCCCGCACAUAUAGUCCAUGUAGACACGACAUGAUCG